GACUUGGAUCUUAAGGUCAGUAGUAACACAUGGCGGGAUCGUACUGGUCUUCUUAAUCGUUUGUUGUACAUGUUAGACAUACAUCAAGUUCUUGAAUACUAUCUGACGGAUUUUUUUGUAUCGACACGUCAUUGUAAUGCCACAACACCGGAAACAAGCAAACGACAGUUGUAACGUUUUGAACCAGCCACUUCCGCGUGUAAUUCACAGACCAAUCCCAAUUACUGCGUCAUCUGUCGUACUUUCACCUUUCGAACUAGUCACUCCUAGAAUGCCUGUACGAACUGUGGCUGAUCCACCGGAAGUGGUCCCGUCUGGUCACUGGUUUCACGGAAAUAUUAGUCGGGAGGACACUGAACGACUUCUGAAACAUCAUUCACAAAAUGGGACUUUUCUUAUAAGGUUCAGCAUAUCGACUCACAAGUAUGUUCUGAGCGUCAUUUACAAUCAGCAGCUGUACCACUAUCCGAUAGAAGAAUUGUCAGAUGGAUUUUAUCAGGUCAAUGGAACAAAUGCUAAAUAUUUGGGCAUUGACUUACUUGUAUCAGAGUUCAGGCGUGCAAAUAACUGCAUAGUUUGCUCAUUAGGGAAGCCUGCUCCAGGUCUCCGGCCGCCUCCACAUAUUACUGUUUAUGGAGUAACCAAUGACUUGCAUCAUGCUGUAAGGAAAGCAAAUCUUAAGGGUGUUCGUGACCUCUUUACGCGUGUCAACUCAAUGGAAGUAACAAGUUUAUCGGAUUAUGUGAACGAAAAAUCAGCUGACAGUGGCGCUACUCCAUUAAUCGAAGCUGCUAAAACAGGCUCCAAUGAUAUUGUCCGGCUUUUAUUAGAGCACAAUGCGUCUGUAAAUUUAAGAGAUUGCGGUGGAUUCACAGCACUUCAUCGUGCAUGUCAAAAAAGUUUUGCACAUGUUGCUGAAACCCUUUUAAGAGUCGGCCGUGCUAAUCCUCAGAUCAAAUGCCCAUUUUCUGGGAAUACUGCACUUCAUGAAGCUGCUAUGUUAGGUCAUGCCGAUUGUGUAAACUGUCUCCUACGUUACCAUGCUGCUCCAUGGGCAAGAAAUGCUGAAGCUGAGAUGCCUUUUGAAUUAGCUCUGCGCUAUGGAUUUGCUGACUUAGCUGCUGCUCUGGCCGGUUACAAACCUGCUCCAGCAAUUACAAUGCAGAACGAUUGGUAUCAUCCUUCAUUAUCAAAAUCGGAAACCGAUAAAAUAUUUUCCAAUUGUUCCACAAUUAAAGAUGGUGCAUUUCUAAUUCGACGAUCAUCACAAUCAGAAAGAAAAUUUGUACUUGUUCUAUAUUAUCAACAUCAAACAUUAAAAUAUCAAAUAGAAGUAGUUGAUUUUUCAUUUCAUAUGGAUACAAAAGAAGCUUAUUUCAUUGAUAAGGGUCCACUUCAUUUAUCCUUAGAACACUUAGUAGAACAUUAUAGUCGUUUCGCAGAUGGAAUACCUGUGCGUUUACACUAUGCUAUAUCUCCGUCUGGUAGAAUUACUAAUAUUGAACAAUUGGCACCUCACAAUCUAGAUAAUCAUGGUCAAGAAUUAAGGAAAAUUGAGUCUUCUGCCGUUGGUGGUGAUGCAUGGGCUUUAAGAACUAUCUCAUCCAGUUUACAUGGUGGUCGUAUGGGUGCACCUUUGUCAAUGUCAAUUGCUAAGGGUGCUUCACGUCAUGGACAAAAAUCAAAUCAGGGGAAACACCAUAGUUCAUCGAGUUCCGGCGUCUCCGGUAUGUCCAGUGGUGGUGGUCUCCUUCCAGUUGCAGCUGGUCUACAAUUAACUGCAUCUGGGACGUCUUGCAUCGGAUCUACAACUGGUUCUGGUGAACUUCGCUUAAUUCCUAGCGAUGCUGUCAUUCUAUUGUAUAGACUAGGUGAAGGUGAAUUCGGUGAAGUUUAUCGAGGCAGACUACACUUGGAUAAUGGUAUAGUUCAAGAAGUGGCUGUGAAAGUUCUUGUCCAACCAUCACAAAGAUUGGAUUUUUUGAAAGAGGCUACAAUCAUGAUGCAAUUAUCUCAUCCACAUAUUGUAACGAUUUAUGGUGUAUGUGAGAAUAAACGCUUAAUGAUGAUAUUAGAAUUAGCUGAACUUGGCAGUUUAUUAGAUUAUCUAUUAGAUUAUCCGGAAAAAUGUCAAUUACCUGAAUUGUACAAUUGGAGUAUGCAAAUUGCAAAUGGUAUGAGCUUUCUAGAAUCAGCUAGAUUUGUUCAUCGAGAUUUGGCUUGUCGUAAUGUCCUAUUAUCAAAUCAUUCUUGUGCAAAAAUUUCUGAUUUUGGUCUGUCACGUGCAGUUGGCGUUGAAUCCGAUUACUACAAAGCUACACAACGUGGUAAAUGGCCAGUGAAAUGGUAUGCACCAGAAUCAAUUUAUUACAAAACAUUCAGUCAUGCUAGUGAUGUCUGGUCGUUUGGUAUAUGCUUAUGGGAAAUGUUCUCAUUAGGUGAACAUCCAUAUGCAGAUCAAGAUAGCUUUGAAGUUUUACGUCAAAUUGAGGAAGGUGUACGUCUGCCUAAGCCCCAUUUAGCUAAUGAUGACGUUUUUGCUAUUAUGCAUGAUUGUUGGGCGUAUAAUCCAGAUGCACGACCAACAUUUGCUCAACUUCUCGCUGUAUUUCAACAUCUUGCUACUAAUGUUUACGAAAAUGUUGAGCCACCGGAAGUGGUGGUCCCAGGCAAUGCAAAUCCAUCAUGUAAAGUUGUUAAAAAUGGUAUAGCGUGUCAUAAUAAUACUAAAAAUAACAAUAUAUGUUCAUCCACUACUGGUCCUCAUCCUUCUGUUGUCACUACUACCAUGGCAACUGGUACUACUAACCACAAUGAUAAUCAACACAUCAGUGGCAAUGAUCGACGUCAAACAAACUGUACUAAUGUACGUAUUCCAAAUCUUGUCCAAACUAACGGUUCAUCAUAAUAGAACAAAUAUAAAAGAAGGUGGCAGGAUAGAAUGAUUAGUAAAACAAAUAGAAUGAAAACAUUUUUAAAAAAACUUCUCUAGUCUAAAUAUGCUUUCUCUUUUUACUUUUUGGAUAAGUUUUCCAUUUUAUUUUUGCUUUUAUCAAGUGAAUAGUUUUGUGUGUGUGUAUGAAGUAAUCUCUGUCGUUCCAUUUCUAUUCUAUUCAUGUAUGCAUUUUUAUUUGAUUCAUCAACCAAUAAUCAUAAUAAUAAUAUCUACCUCUUUUGAUGAUGACAAGUAUUCAACAACUUUUAUUGGUUGUAUCUCCAAGACAUUAUACUGUGCCGUUGAUGAUGAUUUUGAUUGAAAUCACUAUUUAAAAAGAAAAAAAAUGAAGAACAAUCGAUAAUAAUAAUAAUAAUUUCUCUCUUUAUGUUUUAAUUUCUUUUUUAAGUUUAGCAUUUAAUUCAAUUCAUUGUUUCACUGUUCUUUUUUUGUGUGUGAUAUUCUCUUGUUUCUUCUCUUUUUCUUUUCUGUCUCUACAACGGUAUUGUUGUCCUUUUUGAAAUCAUGUUAUCGUAUUAUAUCGAUUUCUAAAUUAUUAUUAUUAUUAUUAUUAUUAUUAUUAUUAUUAAUGUUAUGAUUUCGACCAGUUAAUCAUUGUACAUAGAUACGCAUUUCGUGAUAUUCAAUGUAGUCCUGUCUAUCUACUUCUAUUUCUGGUGUCUAAUAUACUUUUUAUGAUAUAUAAUAUUUUAUUUGUAUUCUUUGUAUAUUAUUCUGAUUAUUCCUUAACAGUUUCUUUCUUUUCUUUUUCUUCAAUCAAUAAGAUUAUGUUAUUCAAAUGUUUACACAUCACAUUCAACUUUAUCAUGAUUCCUUUUUAAUAUACGUGACCAGUCGCUCAUUCAUUCACUCACUCGCUUACUCACUGAUUCAUUUCAUUUCCUUAGAAAAUGUCAUAUGUUGUAAAAUUUUCAUUAUUUUUAAAAUGUGUUGAUAGUUUGGACAUUUGUUGUCAUCAUUUUCUUUUUUUGAAUGAUUGUUUCUUUCCUAUGAUCUCUAAUGGUAUUUAUUGUUAAUUAUCAAUACUAACUUAUUACCAUAUUUUCGUAGAAUUUAAUAAUUAUAAUUAGUAAUAAAAUAGAAACUGUCUUAUUAUGUAAUACCUGUUAUAUGAAAAUAUUAGAUCUGGUUCAAAUGAUAAGCAUUAAAAAAAAACAACACUUAGUUCAUGCUUUUUGUUUUGUUCCUAUUUUGCAUUGUAUUUAAAUAUUCAUCCCUAUUUGUUUAUCUUUAUUCUUUGGCAUAUAUGUUUUUCAUACUUUUAUUAUUUUUGGUAUCAUACAAACCAUGGUUUCAUUAAAUUGAAACUAUUAUCUAAUUAUUUAUUAUAUAUUCUUCAUUUGUGUAUUGAUUUCAAUCGAUAAUGAAAUCUAUACAAGCGUUUAGCGUUUUUUUAGUGAGUUAGUUUUCUACGGGAUGGGGACGCUAACCCCAUGCCCAACCCCCACUCCUUUAUCCGGGCUUAGGACUGGCAGUAGCCUCCGGAGGGACUUCAGGCGGAGUUGAAAUCUAUACAAAGGAGAGAAAAAAUCUCUCAAUAAAAUGAAGUUACAAGGCAUGUUUGUUUGUUGUUUUCUUUGUAGUUUGAUAUAUACACUUUAACUAAUAGUAACACUUCAAUUAUUAUUUUUUUUCCUUUUUGACGGUGUUCUAUCAUCAACUAUUUCCAAUGUUUGUUUGUUUAUAUGGUUUACUACUUUCUAUGAGAUCCAUUGAAUGUUUACUUAUUGCAACAACAUAUAUGACUAAUUAUCUUUUAAAAUUCAUUGUACACAAACAUAUAUAUAUUAUUGAGUUGCAUAUUUCAUAUGUUAUUAUUGAAUAGGGUUAAUAACUUUUAAUGAUAAUAACUCUUAUGAACUUGUCUGUCAUAAAGCAAUUAUUAUUAAAUAGUAACCUUGUUUGUAAUUGGUAAUCUUUGUAAACUUUAAUAAUAGUGAUAAAUAAUAAAAAAUUGAAAUAUUAAUAAAUUCAUCAUGUC